AGCACGCUGUGAAGAUCGCGAGAUUACGCGAGAUGAUGAAUAUGGCCGCAGUGAAACUACAGAAGAAUGUUGUGAGUCAGACUGGCAAACACACUGCGUCUGUUAUCUUUCUUCACGGCUCAGGUGACACAGGGCCAGGAUUGCUCAGGUGGGUUUGUGAUGUGCUAGGUCAAAAUCUGGCAUUUGAAAAUAUCCGUGUGAUUUACCCCACAGCACCAGCCAGGCCGUACACACCCAUGCGAGGGGCUCUGUCUCAUGUGUGGUUUGAUCGGCACAAGAUUUCUCAGGAUUGCCCAGAACAUUUGGAGUCUAUAGAUUCCAUGUGUGAUAAUUUAAGUGCCAUUGUCCAGGAUGAGAUCCAAGCAGGGAUACCCAAACACAGGAUGGUAAUAGGUGGCUUCUCGAUGGGCGGAGCAAUGGCACUACACCUGGUUUCCAGGUACCACCAGGACGUUGCUGGCUUUUUCGCACUGUCCAGCUUUCUUAACAAGGGCUCUGUGGUAUAUCAGGCAGUAGAGAACGCAGCACAGCGCCCCCUACCUGAGCUCCUCCAGUGUCACGGCACAAUGGAUGAGCUUGUGUUCCAUAGCUGGGGAGAGGAGACGAACUCUCUAUUGGAGAAAGCUGGCCUCCACACGUUUUUCCAUUCCUUCCCAGGCCUCAACCAUGAGCUGUGUCAGCAAGAACUGGAGUUACUACAGUCCUGGAUCUUGAAGAAACUUCCACUAUAGAGCUGCUAAAAUGGUAGACAGUGUCUGCUGCUUCCCCAUAUCCCAGCAACAAUUGAAACUGUCUGCAUUUCUGAUUUAUAAUAAACUAUAAUGUUUCUUUAAUUGUGUUGGAUUCAAACAUUCAUUAUUCAUCACCCCUUGGUUUGCGCAUUGCUCCUGCUUGUACUAAUGCGUUUCUAAGUAUGGGUAAGUGUUGUCAGCUAGUUGUCCAUUAAUUGACAAGCUGAUUAGUGAGGUUGACUAGUUAGAUUAUCUAGAUUGUUUUGCUCCCUUAAAGGCCCUUUCACACCAAAUGUGAAUUUUUACAGCAAUUUCUCGCAGCAACAAUUGAUUCCUAUGGAGCUUUUCAAAUGGGAGCAAACAUUUGCGCACCAACAAAGCAAGGUAUUUUUUUAAGGUGAAUGUGUCCAUUUCUUGUUUCCCAGCGAUGAAAACACCCAAACCAAUAAAAUGUUAUCUUUGGAUCGCGUGUCAGGAGCCGCCACAGUUACAAAAACCAGCACAAUUGGUGCUAAUAAGGUCCAUAGCGGACAUUGUUGUGAACUGUCAAUUUCUGCAGUGUGUUUUCUCUUUCAAGUCAACUACUCAUGGUGAGCAAUAGUUUGACCAGAAUACAUCCAGUUUAAUGCACAGACUUUUGAAGGUAAUUAUAUCACCCCCUUGAGUACUGAGGUUUUGUAACCACCACAGUAAUGUAAGAAUUCACUGUAGGUAUGUUCAACCAGGCCACGUGUUGGCAUUGCAUUGGCCAAGCGCUCACAUCUACGUACGCAUACUUGUGUAAUGUAUGUUUCAGGCAUAAGAGACUAUUGUCAACAAGGGGAGAGUCUCACCUUAGUAUCCCCAGCAUGCCGAAGCAAUGACACAGCUAGCCCUAGCAUUAAUUACAGUUCAAAGUGAAGAGUUUAAGUCCAAAUAAGUUCUCUACUUCCUUGAGAACAGACAAAAUGGGAAAAAUCUGAAAACUUUUCAGAAUUUGUUUUUAAUUCCGUUUGUCCUAAUUUUUAAUUGUUGGUCCCAGUGUUGGGGAAACUACUUUGAAAUUCUAUUUUGACAAGCUCAUAAUUUUAACUAGUUAAGCUACCCUUUUGAAAAAGUAGUUGGCUACACUACAAGUUACUACAUCAAUCUAACUACAUGACGCUACUUAUUGAGGCAAUAUUUAUCCAAUGUUACGAUCAAUCCAAUAAUAAAGACAUUUACACUAAGAGCAUUUAUUAAGUAAUGACUUUAUUAAAUACAUUUAAUUAAUAGUAACAUUAAUACAGUUAAUAAUGGAAAUGUGAAUGAAUGACAAACUCUCCUUGGGCUGAUGUUUUGUGCUUGUCACAUAAUAUUUAGUAUGGAUAAUAUGUGAAUGGAGACUCAGGGUUUGUUUUUCCCAUCACCUGUGUUCUUGUUUAUUGUAUUUUCUGACUUUUUUUGCUGUUGACACGCUAGCUACAUUUAGAGACAUAUUUAAAAUCCCAGCUGGAAGCCAUUUUCAGUCCCAAAAAAAAGAGGUUGUAUGGUCACCCUAUAAUAGAUUGUCUCAUAACACAUGCCAUAAUAAAUUAUUUCUUUUAACAGUAAUUUUGAUUCAAAUUUACAUGAAAAUAAUAGUUAAUUUAAUGCUUAGAAAUUGAGAAAAUGUGUUAUCAAAUAGUUGUAGAUGAUGGGAAUUCUUUAUAUCGCUGCUCCAAAUAAUGCACAGUUAAACCUAUUCAGAACCGAAAAUAAAUCCCUCAAUUUAAUUUCAAAAGGUAAAGUUAAAUAUGCUAUUGUGACACAAACUUUGUUUCAUAAAAUAAAAUUGUGUUCUUUUAUCAAUUUCACAUUAACCUGCCCCUGUACGACUGUGCUUGGACACUUUACUGAAGUCUCCCUGCGUUCCAAACUGGAUACAUUCGCCUCUGAAGGGCACUUUGAAUGGGGAUCGAUCGUAGCCACCAUGUUGAAGGGUCGUUCAAAAUCAAAGGACUUAUAAAUAGCUGCUUCGAAGAGCAAUUUAAAAGGGGUGUUUCCAUAGGGUUCAAGUGAUGGACCUUUCGUUGCCAAGUGUAAUGUAAAUAAAAGCUACUGCAAACACACUCUGGUUCUCUGUGACAUCCCUUCAUCUCUGUGGUUUAUUAAAGCAUUUAAUUAUAAUUACCUUUUAAAACAUUUAAAACCAAUGCUUUCUGUUUGAAACUGGCUAUUGCUUGUGUUAUUUUAUUGUAAAUUCCCUUAAUAUUUUAUAAUCUUCUUUCGGCUGCUCCCUUUAGGUGUCGCCACAGCGGACCAUCCAUGAUUCGCAUAUUUGACUUGGAACAGGUUUUACACCGGAUAACCUUCCUGACGCAACCCUCAGUGGCUGGGGAACUCUCAAUCACUGAUAUGCUAUUAUAAUAAAGGAGUUAUACAAACUAUAAAAUAAGUAUACACAGUAAUAUUUCCUAGUCAGCAAAUUGUGUUUCAGGAUACGGCAGUUGUGAGGAGAGAAAAGAGUGUGGAAAAUGGCCACAGUCCAGUAUUUAAGAUGCUGGUGUUCCUUCACCAAUAGGAAUUGAAAGAAGAUGCUACAACAAUGAGACCAACCAAUGGCAUUGUUGAAAAAGCUGAGGUGUGGACUUCCAUGUGUUUUUCCAAGUAUAAACCAAAUGUUAACCACAAGUUAACGGUUUCCAUGGCUUGCCAUAGCCAAGCCACACAUGACUCUCAGCUCUGUGUUGUCAGAGUACAAUACCUCAAUGUCAGGUUACAA